UCGAAGUGCUAUGACAGGGAAACUAGCGGACAAGAUCCCUCUUACCAUGAGCAGUUUAAUAAACACGAUCCCUGACAGCCUGUACCCGGAGGAGGACAUCCCGACGUCUAUGAAUAUUUUCACCAAUACGGAAUCUAUUAACCACUACUCGCAGAUGAACACAGAUAAUAUCAUGGAUCUGGGUAUGGGGAACGAGAAGGCGAGCUCAGAGAUUCAGUAUGGAUCCAGCUUCCAGUCCAACCGCAGCGGGCAGACCGUCACAUAUUUAGGGAAGUUUGCCUUCGACACUCCUCCUUCGGGUGGAAUUGGUGGCUCUGGUUGGUGCCCCGAUAACAAUAUCAUCAGCCUGGUCAGUGCAGGGAUCUUGGGUGUCUCUCCGUCACCCGGCACGGUUACGACGCAGACAUCAUCCUCUGCAGCCAGCAUGGGCGGACAGACGUCGGACAUGGAGCAGGUAUACGGCCCGCCACUGCCUGCCUACUCCACCUGCAGCGACCUGUACCAAGAUCAAGUCUCCUUUCACCACAGCCCUGCCACCAGCACAGCUCUACCCUACCCUGGCAAUGACUAUCACUCCACGUCCAAAGCCCCCAUGGAUGGCAGCCUGUUUUCCAUGAUCCCUGACUACAACCUUUUUCAUCAUCAGGGGGAGGUUGGUGUGAUGGAGCACAAGCCCUUCCAGUCCAUGGAUCCCAUCCGAGUCAACCCUCCACCCAUCACACCCCUGGAGACCAUCAGAGCAUUCAAGGACAAGCAACAAAUCCACCCAGGUUUCAUCGGCGGGCAACAGCACCCAUCUCAGCACCACCCGCCGCCUCAGACUCUCACCCUCAAACCCAUCCGGCCUCGGAAGUACCCCAACCGUCCCAGCAAAACGCCCGUCCACGAACGGCCACACGCCUGUCCGGCAGAGAACUGCGACCGGCGCUUCUCGCGCUCAGACGAGCUCACUCGUCACCUCCGCAUCCACACAGGUCACAAACCCUUCCAGUGCCGGAUAUGCAUGCGCUCCUUCAGCCGAAGCGACCACCUGACCACGCACAUUCGCACUCACACGGGAGAGAAACCCUUCUCCUGCGAGUUCUGCGGACGCAAGUUCGCCAGGAGCGACGAGCGAAAGAGACAUGCAAAGGUUCAUCUUAAACAGAAGGACAAGAAGCAGGCGGAUAAGAGCAGUGGGGCGGCUGGGAACCACAGCUCACCGCCCAGCUGUGGGGGGCCAGCAGUGGGAACGUCAUGACCAUCACUACGUGCACAUGGACUAGAGCACAAAGAGAC